AUGUUUGCUUUGUCAUGCAAUGAAUUUCGCAUGAAAAAUGAUGUCUGUUUAUUACCUGGUAUCCAAUCUGAAGCAGUUCGAACAUGUUCUGAUCUCCUCGAAAAGAAUCAUGAAGCUCAUCAUCUGUUUUUCUAUAUUCCAGGUGGUUAUCACAAUCAUACUGCGCAUCAUCUUUUAGCUGCUUUAGGAUUCGGUGCUUCUUCUCAAACGUUGAAGCACAUCUUUGAACAACAUACAAAAAUUCAACAGCCUUUAGCCGCACUUAAUCAAAAAGAGAAUUUCGAUCCCGAAAAAUGCUUAGGUGACGAUAAGUAUUAUCAUGAUUAUUUGGAAUUCUUUAAAAAUGAAUUAAUCAGUGAAAAGUAUCAAGGAAAGAUGGAAGCUCUAAUCGAAGAUUAUACAUUUAACAAAGGAUAUCUUGGUCUUAUUUUGGCUGGCGCUUAUCAUCCAUUCAUUCAUCUUGGAUAUGCUCUUGAGUUUCAAUCGAAAGGAAUGGCCAUUGAAGGUCUAGCUAUGGCAGCGGUUGAUCGAAUCAAUGUUAAAGAUGUCGUUGAUCAUAUAAAUUUAAAUUCCAGUGGAGAUGGUGAUAAAACAGCUUUGGAAAUUAUUGAACUGAUCAGAAAUGAUCAUCGAUUUGAUGAUAUGAUCGUUUACACCGAUGCUCGACCGAAAACGCCGAUACUUUUACAAAGAGGUGGUGGUCCGUUAAUUGAAGAAUAUGCACGAAUGUGGAAGCCAGAUUUGAACGACGCUAGACGAACGAGUAUUCUAGUAAACGUAGCUGCUAUACGACCAAACAAACCGCCUCGUCUGGAUUUUUUUCUCAUGCAUGCAACUACGAGUGGUCUCUUCUUGGAUAUUAUCGUUCAUUCACUUCAAAGCAAACAAAAUCAGUUGAAAUUGAUGAAAGCAAAGUUCGCAACAGACCUUUUAUACUACGUUGCACGUGGCCGACCAAAGCUAAAUGUGGAUUAUUUAUGCAAUGAAUAUCAAGUAUCAAACGAGCAUCUGUAUUCAGAUGCAAUAAAUCCAUGGCUAGCUCUGAUCGAGAAAUGCUUAACACAUCCAGAUGAACAUGUGCUGAAGACAAUCAGAGCAUUGAUGUAUGCAGAGAAAUUCGACACUGCACAAGAUGCACUGCCUUAUUUGAAAAUUGCACAAAUGGUAAUGGAUGCAUUGUUCCCAGCUGAGAGUACGGGUUGGGUCCAAGAAGGCAUUGGAUGGGAUGAAUAUUGGUGCACAGUCGAAGAUUUGAUUAGUUCUUCUUGA